UGUAAUGUAAUUGAUGAUAAGAAAGAUAGUGUGUGCUAUAUUUAUAAUUUGUGCGCGUAACGGUGCGUCUCCGUGCGUCUCUCCGUCAUUAGCCAAUGUACAUCCAUCUGGUCGCACUGCAUCAGCUGCCACGACGGGGCUUGUGUGGACGUCACUGAUUUUUUUUUCUCUUCCCUUUCCUCACCUUCCCCUUCUCGUUUUUUUUGUUCCACCAGAGCAUCUCUCCUUCUGCUCUCUCCCUCUUUCUACACCGCCCACUCCUUCCCAACCAUUGAUCCGACCACUCACCGCCGCCUCGCCGGCUUCUUCGCCUCAUUACAUCGCCUGCUGCGCUUUUCUGCAUUUUUUUAAGAACAGGGGGAAAGAAGAAACCGCACAUUUUGGACCACAAAGAAAAAAUCACCAUGGCGAGCACCGAGGACAAACCGGCCAACAAGGAGAACACGUCCAGCUGGAAGGACUCCUUCUACAACCCGAGAACCGGGGAGGUGCUGGGUCGCACGGCCAGCAGCUGGGCCCUCAUCCUGCUCUUCUACUUGGUUUUCUACUGUUUCCUGGCUGGCAUGUUUGCCCUGACCAUGUGGGUGAUGCUGCUCACUCUGGAUGACUAUGUGCCGAGGUACAGAGACCGUGUUCCUCAUCCAGGGUUGGUGAUCCGUCCAAAUUCACUGGACAUCUCAUUCAACAAAUCUGACCCACUCAAGUACUCACAGUAUGUCCAACACCUGGAGUCCUUCCUGCAAAGUUAUAACGAUACAGAGCAGGAGAAGAACGAGGAAUGCCUUUCAGGAGUCUAUUUCCUGCAGGACGACAGUGAGAACAUGAAUAAGAAGACUUGUCGCUUCAAGAGGAGCGUCCUGAGUUUCUGCUCUGGUCUUUCUGACAUCAACUUCGGAUACUCUGAGGGAAAACCGUGCAUUCUCCUGAAAAUGAACAGGAUCAUUGGCCUGAUGCCCCGUGGGGAUCCCUAUAUCAACUGCACAGUAAAAAGAGACAACCCAGUCCAGAUGCAGUAUUUCCCCAGUGAGGGGCGUAUUGAUAAGAUGUAUUUCCCCUACUAUGGCAAGAAAGCCCAUGUAAGUAUUUAUCUCCAGUCGGAUUGUGUCCGCCAACAUCCUGACAUUGAUGUGUUAUUGACGGGCAGCUGUCAAUCCUCUGAUGCAGGAGAGUUACGUGCAGCCUCUGGUGGCUGUGAAGCUGCUGCUCACCAAGGAGGACUACAACAAGGAGCUGCCGGUGGAGUGCAGGGUAGAGGGCUCUGACCUUCGCAACAACGACGAAAGGGAUAAGUUCCUGGGCCGCGUCACCUUCAGGAUCAAGGUGGUCGAGUAAAAGAGUAAAAAGAGAAAAAAAAAACGGCUGGUUAAAGGAGCUAGAUGCAGAGGCUGCCCACAUUCCCUAAGGAUUUAUAUUUAAGAAUAAAAAAAAAGGAAGGAAGUGUCAAAUCCAUCACAAAGACAGCAUUUGGGAUGUGGCCAAACAGUCUAAUGCAGAUUAGUUUGGCUUCCAGUAGGAGGGCCAGUUAGAUGAUGAACGUUGCUUUUGAUGAUAUUUUUUUGACCCUUCUUUCCUUCAAAAUUCCUUGCUGACCUCCUCA